AAACAACAGCUAAAUAGGAAAACCCAUUUUCGGCUCUACAUGUACUGGGCGGUCUCACUACUCUCAAAAACCCCAAACAACUUCUUUACGGUUUAUGCAAGAAUCAGAGAAAAUGGAGGCCUUGAAAAAGGCUUACGCGGAGAUAAUACUGAACACUUCGAAAGAGGCGGCCGCUCGAGUGAUGCUGUCAGAGCGUAAAGCACUUCGUUUCGAGCAGGAACUGCGUAGCGCCAAAAACGAAGGGGUUCGAUUGCUUUUGCGCAUGAAGCAGAUGAUUGAUUCCAAGCAAAUGAAAAUUGAUGAGCUUGAAGCGCAGCUCCAGGAGGCUGAGGAUGUCAUUACAGAUCUCAGAUCAGAAUUGUAUGGUGUGCGGGAGAGAUGGGAGAAAGCGGACAGCGAACAAGUACCACCUAUGAAUGGACAAUUCUCAAAGGAAGAUGAAUCUUCUCCUAGAAGUCCAACAACUACGCCCAUCGUACCUUCUUCAGAUUCAUUGUUUGAUAUUAUGAUAGCCUCUGACUUGAAAGAUGAAACAUUGAACCCUAGUAUUUUGGACAGUAACUGCCGCAACAGAAACGGAUGUGCACAGAGAAUACGUGCAUUUGAAGGAAAUUCACUGGAUGGAAGAGAGCCUGCUCCUGUAAUGAAGAAUGAGUUGAUAAUGAAAACUAGUGACAAGGAUGAUGGGAAGUGUGUUAGACCUGCUUCCAUGAGCAAGAAUAUGCAAACAAUGGUACACUUAUCUACUGUGGGGAGAAAACGUGGUAAAGCCCGUAACUUGAGAACGAGAACAGCUCAAUUUGGUAAAGGAAAAGCUGCCUCAUGCAAGUCUCAUCCUAUUCGGCGCUUGAAACCUUCUCAACCACCUUCUAUUGCUAUCGUGUGUGAAAUGACUAAUUUAAAUGAUAAUCCUAAUGAGAAGGCAUUUUCUAUAGCCUCUACCAAGACUGACAACAUGGCUACUAACAGAAAUUCUAAUGGGUUGGAGACAAAUUUGCAGUGCACAAGCAACUGCUUGAGAAAUGAACAUGAUAUAUUCCAUGAGGAAAAAAGAAAAGGUGAAGUGCAGAACAGGGAUAACAUUUCUACCUCAAUCAUGUCACAUCCUGAUCCUCUCUCUGAAAUUUGUCAACCGCCUUCUGUUCUCACCCGCUGCAAGGCUUACUCAUUUUCGCUCAAAGGUAAAGUCAAGUCUGGUGAAGAUCAGUCCAAUAUUAAGGAUAAUGAAGUUAAGAUCAAGCCAUUUCCCUCUUUGGAUCCUGGGUUGACACUGAUUAAAAGUGAUGUAGAUCCUAUAUCUGGCUCUAGGAAUGUUACUGUAAGCAUUAAGGCUUUAAAUACAUCUGGAGUUGCACAAAAUGCCUCAAAAAAAGACUCGGACAUAAAAGAUGAUUCUUUGGUGACAGGGGAAGGUGAGACCCUGUUCAUAAAUCAGGAAGGUGAUGCUGCAGUAAAUUUAGCUGGUCCAUGUUCUGUGUCAAACUCUGAUGUAGUUAAUGUGCCGUCGACAAAUUCUGACUUGGAAGAUGCCAGAGCAUCCAAACCAAGUGAUGGAUCUCAUAGUCAUGCUGACAACAAUGAGCUUCGUAGAUAUACAAGGAAACGCAAGAAGGAAUCUUUGAGAAGCACUGAUAAAAUCAGUUCUCCUGAAGAGACUAACAUAAAGAGGAGCGUUCGGGACCCAAAAAAUGGUUCACGUGAGCUGGAGAAAUCUACCUUGUUGACUGAAUCAUCUAGAGACAAUAGGAGACUGGCUCUGGUUGCUCAUCAGCUUAUUUCUUUAUCUGGGAAAAGAUGGUGAAGUUCAAUGUUACAUGUCAAAUCUAGAUUGAUUAUGUUGGGCAACCUAUAGAACACAACUUUGUGUUGUGGUUCUUGAUUCCAUUUUUUAUUUAAUAGAUGACUUCCGCGGCUGGCUUCAAUGCAAGGAGAUAGAGAGUUUCCCGUUGGUAACUUGAGAUCACUGUUAGAUAUCCAAAUUUAUUUUUUUUAACGCUGCUGUCUUAAGCUCAACUCUAUGGCCAUCAUUCUUGAUGCUGUCUUCUAUCAAUUAUAUCAUAUAAUUUCCAAUAGCUGCCAAUCAACUGUGAGGCUCUUAGACGCCACAGAAUUUAUUAUAAUCCUAUGACAAUGCUUCCAAAUAUCUAAUAAUGAUAUAUUUUAUUGAGGAA